GCAGUUGUUAAUGCAGACACUAGAGAGCAGAAGCGCUCCUCGGCGCUCUGCUCUUACUCAUAAACUUACUGCAGAAGAAUAACAGCGUACCGCUGUUGAAACAAAAUGGCGGACGUGGAAAUGGAUUUACGGAGCAAGAGGCUGAAUAACGGGUCAGAGGAUUUGGAGAGUCCAGAGAAGAGCGGGAAUGAGGAUGAAAAUGGUGAAAUGUCUGGAGAGGAUGAAGAGGAGGGUGAGGAGGAAGCAGAGGUGAAUGGAGAAAAGCAAGAGAGCUGUUCUAAACAUCACAGCAGCAGCGGCAGCAAACACAAGAAAAAGAAACACAAGCACCGUAGCAAGCACAAAAAACACAAACAUGCAUCUGAGGAAGAUAAGGACCGCAAACGGAAACAUAGACACAAACAUAAGAAGCACAGACGCAAAGAGGAGCCGUCCUCUUUGCCGUCUGGGGCCAUCAACAGAAGGGCUGAGGAUGGCUCCCCUUCUCUGGGCAAUGCAGCCCUGGAUGACAAGGCCCUUCUUGAAGAUCUGGAGAAACAAAGAGCACUGAUUAAAGCUGAGCUGGACAGCCAGCUGAUGGAGGGGAAAGUUCAGUCAGGAAUGGGCCUAAUUCUACAGGGUUACAAUUCUGGCUCUGAAGAGGAUGGAGAGGGACAGAGGGCACGUAACGGGGAACAACGGCAAAGAGGUCACGGGGCCAGAACCCGCUCGCCCAAAGACCAGAUUAGCAGGGGGGGUAGAUCCCGACGGGACUCAACAGACACCAGCAAACCAAUCGCUAAACGACGCAGUCGCAGCCGUUCCCGAGAGAGAGCCGGGAGAGACGCUAAGCUUGAACGAACGACCAAAAGUGCAAAAGAGACAGUUAAGGAGCAUAGCAAGUCAAAAGAGAAAAAACGCUCCCGGAGCAGGGACAAAUCCAAGGAGCGCGGGAGGAGGUCCCAGUCCCCAUCUACGAGAAGAUGCUCUGCAGAGAGAAAACCAGACCAGAAGGGACAUUCUGAUCGCCGUUCUUCUCCUCGUACUGAAGAGAAGCGGGAACAAGCCAGGCAGAGAUCAGGCUCACAAGGGCGCAAGAGCCGGUCGCAAGAUCGACGAUCUCAUUCGAAAGAUGCCCGGUUGGGUCGAUCAGAAACUGACAGAGAAAAGAGGCCAGGAAAGUCUCCAUCCAAAGACACGUCUUCUGGGAAAGAGAAUCGGUCGCCUCAUCAACGACGAGCUCUUAGCCCUCAACGCCGACGCAGUUCCUCUCCUCGCCACAGGGACCGCCAGUCCAACCAGCCCCCCUCGGGUUCUGCGGACCGGAGCUCUAAACUGAGCCACUCGCCGUCUAGGAACAGAUCACCAGCCAGGAGAGCACGAAGCCGCUCGAAUGAGCGCCGGAGAGAUUCCCCUUCCAGGAAGCGUCCUCGUGUGGAUGGAAUUGGGAGAUCGCGGGAAACGAGUCCAGCUCGGCGCAGAAUGAGCCGCUCACCACUCAGACGUAGGUCUGUAUCACCACGGAGACAAUCUCGCUCCUCCCCCAGAAGGCGAAGUCGAUCACCCCUGAGACGCAGAUCUGCUGAUAGGGAUCGGUUUGGCCGUUCCAGACUGCGACGAUCAACUUCCAGAGAUCGCGAGAGGAGGAGGAGGAGGCGAAGCCGAGAUGAAGACAAGUUUAAAGGCAGUCUGUCAGAGGGUAUGAAAGCAGACCAAGACUCCUCCUCUGAAGAAGUGAUGGAAGAUUUUGAUGCAGAAGAGGAGGAUGAAGAGGCUCUGAUUGAGCAGCGACGACAACAGCGGCUUGCAAUCGUACAGAAAUAUAAAGCAGUAAAUGAGGACAGUAAUAUGGGCUCCAUGGCAUCAGAGCCUAGCAGUCCUCAGAGUAGCACCCGCAGUCGUUCACCCUCCCCUGAUGACAUCCUGGAACGGGUAGCGGCCGACGUGAAGGAAUACGAGCGAGAGAAUGUAAACACUUUUGAGGCCAACAUCAAGGCCAAGCACAACCUCAUCGCUCAGGAGAAAGAAGGAGCCAACCCAAAGAAGCCCUCAGCACCUGACAUGUUCACUGAGUCAGAUGACAUGUUUGCUGCAGAUUUUGACAGUGCCAGACUCAGGGCUGCAGGCAUUGGUAAAGACUUUAAGGAGAACCCCAACCUCAGGGACAACUGGACUGAUGCAGAAGGAUACUACCGUGUGAACAUCGGUGAGAUACUGGAAAAGCGGUAUGAUGUGUAUGGGUACACUGGACAGGGUGUGUUCAGUAAUGUGGUCAGAGCUAGAGACACUGCCCGGGCUGGCCAGGAGGUGGCAGUCAAGAUCAUCCGAAACAAUGAACUCAUGCAGAAAACGGGACUGAAGGAGCUUGAGUUUCUGAAGAAGCUGAAUGAUGCAGAUCCUGACGAUAAAUUUCAUUGUUUGCGUCUCUUCAGACACUUUUACCACAAACAGCAUCUCUGUUUGGUGUUUGAACCUCUCAGUAUGAAUCUGCGGGAAGUGCUGAAGAAGUAUGGUAAAGACGUAGGGCUACAUAUCAAGGCAGUGCGGUCCUACAGUCAGCAGCUCUUUCUGGCCCUCAAACUACUGAAACGCUGCAACAUCCUUCACGCUGACAUCAAACCAGACAACAUAUUGGUAAAUGAGUCAAAGACCAUUCUUAAACUCUGUGAUUUCGGCUCUGCGUCUCAUGUCGCCGACAAUGAAAUCACUCCCUACUUAGUCAGCAGAUUCUAUAGGGCACCUGAAAUUGUCAUUGGUAAACCAUAUGAUUAUGGCAUUGAUAUGUGGUCAGUCGGCUGUACCCUGUAUGAGCUGUACACAGGUAAGAUCCUGUUCCCUGGCUCCUCCAACAACCACAUGCUGAAACUGGCCAUGGAUGUGAAGGGCAAGAUGCCUAACAAGAUGAUCCGGAAAGGCUUGUUUAAAGACCAACAUUUUGACCAGAACUUGAACUUCCUGUACAUAGAGGUAGACAAAGUGACUGAAAGGGAGAAGGUAACUGUGAUGAGCACUAUUAACCCCACUAAAGACCUGCUUGCGGACAUGAUCGGAGGUCAGAGGUUACCUGAGGAUCAAAGGAAAAAGGUCAUGCAGCUGAAGGAUCUGUUGGAUGGGACUCUGAUGCUGGACCCUGCUAAACGCAUCAGCAUCAACCAGGCCCUGCAGCACCCUUUCAUUCAGGAGAAGAUAUGACACUUUCACCUCUGACCUUUGACCGUCCAUUGUUCCAGGACUGAGCCAAUAGACUCCCAAAUGAGAAUGUUCGGAAUCAUCACAAGACUUUAAAUUUUCUAUUUUUAUUCAUGUUUUUCUAGUGAUUUUUCUUUUGCCCAGUCAUUUGAUUCAAAUCUCUCAGAAUGAUCUUGUUUUUAUUGUACAUAUGCACACAUUGUCAUUCAAUGAGAGAGAGAGAGAGGGAGAGAGAGAGGCAUGUUUAUUGGGUAUCGGGCUUUGUCUUAUUUAACUUCAGAAGUGACCGAACUGUGCAGAGCACAAAGGUUAAAAGGUUAGUUGAGUUCAGAUAUUGAAAUGGCUUGGCCAGCACAUCAGAGGGGUCUUUAAAGACCAAUUAUUUUUGACAUUAGCAGAUUAUAAUCCAAAUGUGUCACUUUUGUUGACUAAUUAAACCAGUGGCUUCAGUUUUGAUUCCUUUUAUGUAAUCAGAGUGCACUGGUGUCAAACUGCUCAUUUGCUGGUUAGUAACUUCAUACAGUCUCCUUCCUAUUGAAAACAAUACACAAUAGUUCAUCACAUACAGUUGUUUAAAAAUAUUGGUUUUGGUGUAGUACAUUUACCUCAAAGUGGUACUGUAGCUCACACUAGAAAUUUUCUUGUCUCAUUUUAUUGACUUUACGAGCCUGUCCUAAUUAGGAGAUUGAUUUUAUGAAUAAUUUAAUUUACAAGAACUUUUGAAUUAAAUCUUAGUAAGUGGAUAAGUUGUCACUUUUAGACAGUCAGCUAAAUGGCCAAUUUGCCUCUCUUCACUUUUUCCAAAUGUCCAAAGGUCUAGUUUUAAUUCGAAAGAUCUACUUUUUGGCUCAUUCAUUUCUAAUGUUGUCCAUCAGCAAACUGUUAUUACUAGUUAUUUCUGAGGUUUGAAUAUUUGUAUACAACUUCAGCAUACCAGUAAUUGCACCUGUCAAUGUUUGUAUUCAAAGUCCCUAAAGUAAAGGUUCUGAUAGGAAGUGCCUCCCUUUUGUGACCGAAUUGAACCAUAAUAGAAAGCCUCUCACAGAUGGGUCCUGACAAACCGAUGAUCAUUUAUUUCUCAAUGUAAAUACUUAACAGUUUUUGCUAUGUAAAACAUGUUUGGGUUUUUUUUUUUUUUUUUUUUUUUUUUUUUUUUCUAUUUGGGAAAUAAAUUGUUGGGGUUUUUGUUUUGGGUCAUAAUAAACUCGAAAGAUAGGAUUGUGAAGGAAAAUGACACCUUGAGUGUUAUCAUUUUAGUAAUAAAAGGUUUCAUCUUUCUGAUGUUUUAA